AUGACAGUUAAUGGCUUAUUGAGAACGUCUAGAAUAUUGCAAGCUGGAAAACAUUUGUAUUUGGGAAACUACCGCGACUUCAGUCUGUAUGAAUUCGCAGCUCCACCGAGAUUGCAACACGUUAUUGUACCAGUGGAAAAGGAAGUGGGAGUGAGAAGUAAAUUGAGCCCAAAAUGCCAAUCAGUGUUUAAACACAUGGAUGAUCCACUAAAACACCUCAACGGAGAUGACCCCUACACACCUCAGGUAACAAUAGACGAUCUCACACCGGAAGGGAAAGUGCUGAGAGGAACAGGAAUGCACGGACCAGAAAGAACAGAUGUGUUCAGAUUGGUGCUUUACAACAGACUAAAGGUGCGACAGCUACAAAGGCUGGUACCAAGCGCAAAGGAAUCCAUAGAAGAUCACAAAGUAACAAUGGCCUCAGCAUGGUUCACAAUCUCAUCCAUGGCAGCAAUGGCAUUUAUGUUUAAAUACGGGCUGGAUUACGCCCUGUAUCACGGACAUUACCCAUGGACUCCAGCAAGAACGGACGGUACGAAGGGACCAGGACCAAUGUACUGGUUCAUAGUGUAA